AAGGCGCAAUCCAUAAAGGCCACAGUGUACGCUGCUUUGGGGUAGUCUGCACACAGUCUGCACACAGUCUGCACACCAUGCGCGACCUGCUCGCCCUCCUGCUGUGCCUGCUGUGCCUGCACGGCAUGCAGGGUGUUCUCGGUGCGGCCGUGGGAACGGACAGCCUGCUGCUGGGACUGCAGGCGGCCCUCGCUAGAUCGCCACCCAAGACGCCUGCGACGAAACGCCUCGUAUCGUCUGACGAUGCGGACCAGGUCGCCUGGCCAAAGGAAGUGCUUCUAGGAGCUGGGCUGUCAGCUGCUCAGGCAGAAGGGGCAUAUAACGAGGAUGGCAAGGGCAUGAGUCUCUUGGACUAUAAGAGCAGCAUCCCAGGCGCGUUUUCAACGGAUAUGCACGUGGCCGCCGACCACUACCAUAGAUUUCGUGAGGACCUCCAUCUAGCGAAACAGAUGAAGUUUACUUCGCACCGUUUCUCAAUAGCGUGGUCUCGUGUUCUCCCCACUGGUGGUGUAGAUAAUAUCAACGAGAAAGGUGUUAAGUUCUACAAAGAUUAUAUUGAUGAAGUAAUUAAGAACGGUAUGGUGCCGAUGGUCACCAUGCUGCAUUUUGACCAGCCAUACGUGGUGGAGGAUGUAACAGGAGGCUGGGGCUCUCCUGAGAUGAUUGACAGAUACGUUGAGUAUGCCGACUUCUUAUUCAAAACUUUCGGAGAAAAGGUGAAGUAUUGGAACACUAUCAAUGAGCCCAACAUGUAUUGCCAUUACUUUCGCAACAAGAAGAACACGACGAAUCCUCAAGAAGAGCCAUACUACCCGUGUAUGCACAACAUUAUUAUAGCGCACGCGAAGACCUAUCGGCUUUACAAGAACAAGUAUCAAGCAAAGCAAAAAGGAAAAGUGGGUACGUCUGUGGUGAUGUGGCCAGCAACACCAAAGACUACGCGGUCAGAGGAUGUGAUGGCGUCCGAAACAUUCAAUCAGUUGUUUGCUGGCACACUUGUCCACCCGCUUGUGUUCGGGGACUAUCAUCCUUUGUUGCGUUAUCUUGUGGAUAAGCACGAUGCCGAGGAGGGCGUUACUACACCUCGCCUGCCGGAGUUGACUACCGAAGAAAAACAGUUACUCGCGGGGGGAACCACCGACUUCAUAGCUCUAAAUGUGUACAGUAAGUGUACAGCCAGCUACAACCACAAUCAAACAUCUAGUGCCCAGGAAUCUGUUCUCCUGGGUCCUGUAAUGAGAGACAUGCCCUUCGUCGAGGUUACCGGCAUUGGCGACUUUAGUGCGACCGAAGAGUCUCUAAUGCAGGAUGCUCUCAUGUGGACGUGGAGCAAUUACCACACUCCAAUCAUCAUCUCCGAGAACGGCUACGGUGACUCCCAGCAUCUAGGAGUGAAGGAUACCGCCCGGGCUGCAUAUUUAAGUGUAAACCUCCGUACACUAGCACGCACCAUUAAAGAAUACGACGUAGAGGUUCUUGCAUACUAUGUAUGGGCCUUAAUGGAUGUUUGGGAGUUUACCGCGGGUUACCUUGAGCGACCUUUUGGACUUAUUCACGUCGACUACGAGAACGGAAGUCUAAACCGCACGCUUAAGGACUCAGCUAAAUUCUUUAUAGAAUUAGGCACAUCAGGGAUAGUGCCAUCUGUUCCUGCACCAGAAAAUGGGGGCAUAUCUUCAAGCAGUACUUCAGUCACAGCAACUGGAUUGCUUCUUUCAGCCCUGUGGUUAGCAAUACGGCCGAUGACUUGACCUUCUAGAUGUCUUACUUACCAGCCAAGUCCACUCAAAAAAUUGUCCUCUUGAAAAACAAGCUAAUCGUUUCCUCAAAUGAUUCAUCUGAAGAAUAUACUAUAUUAUAGAAUAUUAUCUGGCAAUGCGAUUUCCUCUAAUGUAGUAUACUAUUGUUUACCCAAGGAGGAAUGGAAAGUCAUCUUGACAUCAGGUUGACAUCAUUUCAUGGUCAGCAUGAAAAAGUCACAAUGACCUCAAAAUGGUCCCCUAAAUUGACAUCAACCUGCACUACAUAUGGCAUCAGUUGGACCUAAAUCUGACCUCAGUCAUAUUGACAUCAAAAUGACUCACAGUGCCCCGGAUUAUUGACACUAAAAUGACUUGAAAUGACUUCUACUAUUCCCGAGAGAGGAAUGGGACCAUUGCUCUAAGAAAUUUGCAGGGAAAAUAUAUGUAAUCUUUCAAAUAUCAGAAUUAUGUUUGUCAAACUUUCUUGUAAGUCAACAAAAAAUAGAACCGUUUACAAAGCUUUGAAACGCGUAACACAAAAUAAUAAAAAGAAGGUGGCUGAGCAAGAGCAGCCUAUUACUCCCGUGAUCUAAUAUGUUUUGUGUCUGCUUGUCUUUCUGUAUGCACAAUAACUCGAACAGAUUGAGCUUGUAUAUGUUUUUAUGUGAAUGUACAGUUGACUGAAGCCCAAUGUGCUUUUGAUCUCCAAAUAAAUCUGAUUUAACUACCCUAA